GUUGCAGCAUGGUUGUUUGUAAAUGACAUGCAGAAGGCUAGUUCUUUUCACCUUGGCAAGGUAUUGGACCAUCUACUAGGUUUGGAAAAUGGCAUUUGUGAAUACACUCUUGCGAACCAUUCGAUGUUCUGCUGUCCAUACUUUGGUGCAGGAAGGUAGAAGCUUGUCAUUGUUAAAAGCCUCGCAUCAACUCACUCAGUCUAGAAAGAUAAUGUUAUCCAACCACGUGAGGAAAGAAGAAGCUAAGUCAGAACCUAAUGAAACAUUAGAUUUAGAAGAGUGGAAAAGCAUCUUGAAAUCAGAUAUUGGAAAUGCUGAAAUGGUGAAAACAGAGACACAGGAAGAUUCCUCUCUAAAUGAAAUGCGGGAACUUGUGGAAAUGUGGAGACUGGCUGGUAGGGCAGUGCCUCAGUCAAUCACAACAGAGCAGUUACAAGUGCUCAUGGAGCUUCCAACAAAAACAGCUAGAAAAAAGUACUUAAAGUACCUCUCUGUUAGGGAAGUUAUGAAAACAAAUCGGAAGGAAAAGAAAAAGGAACUCAAGGAAAGUAAGUCUAAGAUAGAAAGCUUGGAUCAACUAGAAACAAAAGAAGAUACCCCUGAAAAGAAAAAUACUUUUUUAUUACAUGUUUGGGAUAAGUCUAUAGAUACAAUGCAACGUUGGAAAUGUGUCCAAGCAAUGAAAUUCGGACAACCAUUAGUGUUUGAUAUGGUAUAUGAAAAAAAUAUGUCGCGUUAUGAGUUAGAAAACACUGUGUGUCAGCUUAUGGAGUCUGAAGGCUGGAACAGAAGAAGUACUGAUCCUUUCCAUAUAUACUUCUGCAGCCUGCAGCCUUAUAGUAUGUACCAUAAAGAACUUGUAAAGCGCUAUAUUGGGGCUUGGGAUAAUGUUUUUGUCACAGCCACAGAUAAAUCUCAUGUUGAAAUGUUUCCUAAAGAACAACUUGUGUACUUAACAGCAGAUUCCCCCAAUGAGUUAAAACAUUUUGAUCAUACUAAAAUAUAUAUUAUUGGUUCAUUAGUUGACAGAUGUCAACAAACAGGAUUAUCUCUAGCAAAUGCCAAAAGGCUUAAUCUAGCCACUGCAAGACUUCCAUUAGACAGAUACUUGAAAUGGGAUGUUGGUGCUAAAAAUCUAACCCUUGACCAAAUGAUUCGCAUUCUGCUGUGUUUAAAGGACACAGGUGACUGGAAAAAAGCUUUGUCGUUUGUUCCAAACAGAAAGCAUGAUGGUUUUGCAGAACCAGCUGCCUCUAAAAAACGUAACAUAAAAAAUGAUGGAGGUAUGGAAUAUGCAGCUUCCACGAAAAGAAAUUUGCAGAAAAAUUCUAAAAUGUACAAGUUUGGUGCAAGUAAAUCAUUUAUCAAACCAGAAAGGACUGACGAUACUUCCAUAAGAUCAACAAGGAAAAGAUGGUGGGAGGAGGAAAAUUAAUUGAUGCAAUCUUUAACAUUUUGCCUCUUAAAAAUAGCACUUGGCAAGGCACUGGCAAAAUUCUGCAGUGUUUAAAAUGGGACUAGAAUUUAUCUGAACAUUUAUUGCAAAAAGGGGGAACCCUGAGCAAAUCAGUUCAGGAUAAAAUGCCCAGCCGCUUUCCAAGUCCACAAACAACUUUAUUUGGUGGAGUAAAAAUCAGUAUACUGGUUAUGUUAGCAGAUUUAAAUUGUACUUUAUAUAAUAAAACUCCUGGCUUCCAAAUGAAUUAACUACACAUAGCACAGCAUACACAUGAAUGUGUCAUUCCAGAAUGCAUAUUUUGUUCCAUUCAGAUUGUGAAAUAUAGAACAAAUUAACCUUGCAUCUAAGAAAUCUUUUCUGUAUGAAGGGCAUGUGACCUGGGAAAACAUUUUUUUUUCUAAUAUUGGCUUCCCUUUCACAAACAGAAUUCUGUUACCAACACUGGUAUAUAAUAAAUAUGGUUCAAGAAUGUAAUACUUCCGUCUUAAGUUUGACUUCUACAUCAGCUAUAUAAACAAUGUCUGUUUUUGACAAA